CAGAGAGCCAGGGAGAAGAGACGGAGAGGAGGAGGUGGAGGAGGGGAGCAGGAGGAGGAGGAGGAGGGAAGCUGGCGGGCACACACUUACAGCCCUCAGUAUACAACCCGAGUGUGAGGUGACUGCACCCCUACCAUGCGUCUCUACACCCCGGCCAAGUCUCCGUCAUCCGGGGGAGAGGAGAGCGAACGAGAGCGAGAAACCAAAGUAGCACGUCGUGACAAAACCUUCCCUUACGAACCACGACCAGGACAGCGAACCACCGACGACGACCAGGGACGCCACGACGAACGGCUACCACGGGACGACGCCACCACGGCCACCACCAGCACGACCACAACCAGCACCCCGCUACACCUUACUCGCUUACAAGACUCGCUGCCCUUCAGGAGUCCGCUCAGAGAAGAGAAACUGGAGGGCAUGCGGGUGGAGGUGAACGGAGAGGGUCACGGAGGCAAGCAAAACGGCACUAACUCACACGGACCUAUCCCAACGCUGCUACAGAAUGGGGCGGACACGAUUUGUUCCCUGGACAGCCUGGACAGUGUGCCUUGGAACAUCGAGGGCAUAGAGACCAUCAAGGAAAACGGGUGCAAGACGCUGCUAGGCAAGUGGGCUUUAGAGGAGAACGGAGAACAUGGCUUGCCCGAUGAAGACGAAUUGCACGCACUUAGAGAAGAUAACAAGAAGCUUAAGGCUGCUCUGAAGGAGGCAGCCGAGGUCAACAGGCAGUGGCGGCAAUACCAUGAGCAGAGGCAGCGGUACGUGGAUCGCCUCCUUACGAUGCUACACGAAUACCAACAUCCCCGAGCAGUUCACUCCCCGAGACAGCAGCUGGACGUGGAGCAGGGAAGCCCGGAGGGGGAGGCUCGGAGGCUGCAGGAGGCGCUGACGAGGCUGCAGGCGGACCACGACGAGCACGUGACUCUACUGGAAAUGCAGGUACGGGCACACCGUGAUGACUGGGAGGCGGAGCGCAGCGAGAAGCAGGCAACCCAAACGGCCCUGUCCGAGGCGCAGGCACGAACAGCUCUCCUCCUUCAGGAACUACAACUGCUGCAGGCUAAGCUGGCGGACACCGAGAGCAAACGUGGCCUGUGUUGGCGCUGUGCCGGGCCCCACAGCGCCUCGCCCAGCACCCAGGCCUCCCCUGUGCCUGCGCCCUCAGCCCCCUCGCCGUCACCGGGCCCCGCCGCCUCCCCCACCCCGCUCCAGGAGGCACCCCAGGCUCCUUUGAAGGGUUGGAUCCCAGUCUCUAUGCUGCACCAGAUCGCCUUCAGCGGAUCAACGCCUGAACAUCAGACACCAGUCGUGCAGCGCCCUCUAACCCCCUCUCGCGGCGGUCAGCCACACCACCACCACCACCACCAUCACCACCACCACCAGCAACGACCCACCAGCCUCAACACCACCGCGGCGAGGCAAGGGGAGGGUUACCAGCUGGAGCCAAGAAGUCGAGGUAGUGAUUCUAAGGCCCCGAGCCCUCGCAGAACGCCGUCCCGCGACAAGACUCCAGUUUUCAGCGACGUUGAUGAGAGGAAGAAGUACGAGGCGAUGGGGGCGAGGCCUAAGGUGUUGGGGAACCUGCAGUCCGUCAACGGGAAGGAGGAUGAGCCAGUGGAGGAUGAGAAGAGCGCCAAACACAGAGCCCGAUCAAUCCUGGCCAGCGCCCUGCCCGUCUCCCCAGUCUCCGGAGGUCCUGCCACCCCAUUUGGAGUCACGAAAAGUCCCUCCACCCCCAACAUGCCCAAGGGAUACGUGCCCAUCACCUCCACCAUCCUCACGCCCGUCAACUUCCGUCCGCCCUUCGUGGCAAAUAAGAGACCUCCAUCAGUGAAACAGAACAUUCCCUUGAGCACCACUUCUUCCCCCACGACGCCGACACACACCCGCAGCGGAUCCUCCCCUUCCCCUUCCGCGGCCACCACCACCACAACCGCCACCACCACGAAUGCAGUUCCUGUGAGGCACACUAGCACUUCCAGCAACUCUGUAGAACCUCAGACAAGUGCCCAACAUAACAUCAAUCAUUCGAGCCACACGUCGGAUGCCCACAAGCCCACGACACAGGAGAACAAAGCCACCAAGAGUCACAGUCGAGGCAGCAAGACGCAGGUCAGAACAGGGGCACAAGACCGCAAGAAGGUUGCCACCACCUCCACCACCAACUCCACCCCCACCACCACCACCACCACUUUCAGCACACACUCCACCAGCACCACCUCCAACACAAACACCACACAGUCCCGGACGAGCAUCAACGAAAUGACCUCAAUCACACCGUCUAGUCUCAACGCCACCACCACCACCACUACCACUCUGUCUUCCUCCAGCCCCACAUCCUCCACCUCCUACCACGUCUCCUCGUCCCACAGCAGAAGUACCUCCGUGUCUUCCAGGAGCAGCAGUCAGCCCGCCGGGGACGUCACUGCUCACCAGCCCGUUCAGAAUCCAGGUUUCCAGCCAGUCACAGUUGUGCGUGCCUCGCCCCUCACCGCCACCCCCGGGAACGCCUCCAGCCAGUCAGGGAGCAGCACAAAGGGACAGGACAGCAGCAACAACGGCAAGGGAAGAAGCGGCAGCCACCGAGCCUCGCACAGAUCCUCUAAGCCUUCCUCGCCGCUCCUGCCAGAUGUCUUCGCCGCCACCACCGCUGCAGAGGAGGGCCACCCCCAGACAGGGUCAGCGACCACCACCACCACCACUACUACCGCCGCCGCCACACAUUCCUCCCCCGCUAACAACACAGCCUUCGCCGCCAUCACCGUCACGUCCACCGCCUCCAGCAUGCAGGUGCCUCACUCGCCCUCCACCUACUCCUCCACGCCCUCUUCGCGCUCCUCCUCGCCCGGCAUCUCCCUCACCACCUUCGGCCUCAACUCUGAGGGCCGCGGCAUCCCCGGGGCAAUCUUUUUCGCCAUGGGUCCGGAGCAGCGGGGGACGAGGAGUCCCCAGCCCGGCGUCUCCUCCCGGCGGGCCUCCAGCUCCUCCUCAGGCACACACAGCCAUACCCCAGACCCAGUGACGGCCAGCCACCCCCACGACGGCCGCCCGCCGGCAGGCGUCAAGAGUCCUCCCGUGGCCCCCAACAGGCCCGCCACGCCCUCCGCCGUGAAGGAGGACCAAUGGUGGUCGAUGGAGGGGGGAGGCCGGGGAAGUACAGGCAACCGGCAGCAACAAGGGGCGCCGGGCAAGCUGGUCAACUCAACCUGGGUGAAGCUGAUGGGCAGCCGCGCUGACGGCCGCCAGAGCUCCGGGCUGCCUUGGCGCACCGCGAGGGCCGUGUCGGGGCAGACUCUGAAGCAGACUCGUCGCACGCCUACCGAGGACUCCUCCGGUGACCCCAGCGACCCCACCUCCCCCGGCAGUGUGUCCUCCACCGCCACCUUCAGCUACACGCCCGCCGUCAACUCCCCGCCGUCCUCUGCCAACAGCUCGGCGGCCUCCUCGCCGCUGCCCUCCGUCAACCAGCGGGACGACCUCAAGUCCCUGGCCUCCAAGAACAUCACAUCCGCCAUCAUGAGUUACGAGCUGAACACAAAGUGUGAGGGCGUGGGGGGCAAUGCUUCCACGCCCACCAACGGCCCUGAAGGCGUGGAGACACUCUCCCGCCAAGACCUCGUCUGCCCUUCGUGUCAGAUGCUCUUCCCGCCACACAAACACAUGCUCUUCCUGGAUCACUUCGAAGCCUGCCGCGGCCCCGCCUAUGCUGACCUGUGAUACACCGCCUGAGUGAGUCUACUGAUUGUUUCUUGCGUCCACGGCUCCAUCACUGGGCGGGGCGCGGACACCAACCAGUGCUGUGGAUGUGCACCGUGAGGCCACCGCACCAUCAGGCAGCCAGUAACCAGUGCUGUGCCUGUGUGUGCCAAGAGGUCAUCACAGCAUAAGGAGGCCACAUCAUUGAUCCAUGGUCCCUGCUCCAUACUAGCAGCAGUCCCUCCCGGCAAUGACCCAAGGGCUGACAUCUUCUGGAUGUUUACUGUCUUGAAUAAUUAUGAUCCAUGACUUUAUGCAACAUAGCGUAUAAUUAUUUGACAAUUUAAGUUAGGCUGACGUCGCCAUAGUCACUACCUUUUUUGGAACGCUUGAAAAUAUUUUUGUUUGAAAGAAUUACUAUUUAUUAUUUCUUUGUACAUGACCACUGUGUCAGUAAGCUAUCGUGAGGGGCGCAGGUGUUAGCCGCAGCCCACUGGUGGCACGGGUGGAUUUUAUAACGUAAUUUAGUUAUUUUGUCUUUUUGCGUCGUCUAUCUCGCCACCUACCGUCCAGCCCCACGGGGUUGCCUCCUCCGUGUGGCUACUCGCUUCUCUAAACAUACAUUCCUUGUACACAUUUUUAGGGCUUAACUCGAGGCUCGGCUCCGCGGCGCAACCAGCGGGUGACGGCCGGCGAGGCUCACGAGGCCUCGGCUUGGAGGGUCGCUCCAGUGCCGCGCCCCACACGCGGGGCCGCUGCGUUGGCAAGACUGACUUGAACCGAUGCUGGCACACACACACACACACACACACACACUUCUUCGCUGAAGGUAUACCUUAUAUAUUAAUGUAUUUGCUCAGAACACACACACACACACACACACACACACAUGCACACACACACACAUUUUUUUGUAUAUAUGUAGCUAUUUAUAAUUAACAGCAUGUAUAUUGUAUGAUCGAACUAGAAUAUACUUAAAGAAUAUAAUAAAGUAAACGUGUUAAUUGAAAUAUCAAAUAGCUAUAUUAUAAUCAUACGCGAAUUUGUAUAUCUAUAAUAACACUGAUGACAGACG